AUGUUCAAGCACUCGGUUGAACCUCUACGGUGGUCGGAAACGCCGAUCACCUUCGACCGCCGCGACCACUGGAUCCACCUGCCCAGGCCGGGUGCCUACCCCCUCGUGGUCAGCCCGGUGGUGAGCCAUGUCCGCCUGGCCAAAGUACUCGUCGAUGGUGGCAGCGCCCUCAACAUCAUCUUCGCCAGCACACUGCAGAGCAUGGGCUACGACAUGACAUCCCUGGUCCCAUCCGACCAGGCCUUUUACGACAUCAUCCCUGGAGCCGGGUCGACUCCGGUCGGCCGGGCCACCCUGCCGGUCACCUUCGGCACCCGCGACAACUACCGCACUAAGUACGUCAACUUCGAGGUCGCCGAGUUCGAGACCUCCUACCAUGCCAUCCUGGGAAGACCCUCCCUCACCAUGUUCAUGGCGAUCCCCAACCACACGUAUCUUCUCCUAAAGAUGCCAGCUCCAAAGGGGGUCCUCUCAGUCUACGUAGAUCUGCAGACCUCCUACACAUGUGAGGCCAAGAACAUCAAGCUCUCCGACACCCUGGAAUGA